AGUUAAACCCCGUCUUGAUCUUGUUUAUUGUUUCAGAUUAUCAAUAUGUUUCCCUUUUAAUAGAGGCUAACUCGACAUGUAACCUUUGUUUUGUAAAUUGUUUCAGUUUCUCAAUAUACCUCCCUCUUGAGAGAGAAUAACUCAACAUGUAACUGUAAUGGAAAAAACUGAAAUGAUUACUUUAAGGUUGUUUAUUGGAAUCUUUCUGUAUUCUGUUACAGCAGAAUCUAUCUCAGACGACUGUCGUUUGCCAGGAGUUUUAUAUCAAGGAACCAAAAGCAUAACAGAAACUGGUAGACCAUGUCAAAGAUGGGAUGCCCAGAGCCCACACGAACACGGUUAUGAUGUGUUUAGCAUCGCAAAAGAGAACUACUGUCGAAACUUCGAUAGAGAGGAGCCAUGGUGCUAUACCAAUGACCUGGAUGUCCGUUGGGAACUCUGUGGCGUGAAUGUGUGUGAAACCCCGUGUCUCAAUCGGUCAUUUUAUACAACGGAAAUAAAGAGUCAGUGUGUUUCUGAUAUCCCACGUGAUAGUGAAUAUUGCAGCAAUAUAUUAAACAUGGUCUCAUGUUUGAAGAAGAAUAUAGAAUACCUCACUGGUUCCAAUUGUUUGCAGAUUACAUGGCGAUCUAUUGCCUUGCAAAUAAGGGGUACUUUAGAAGACUUUACAGGGAAAUCCAUCUCUCAAUGCAUUUUCUCACAUUGUCGAGAUCUCAGCUUGAUAGAUAGUUCUUCUAAUCUCAUUAACUUUGCCAGGCCUUGUUUAAAAACAGACAUCACUAAUGCAAAAAGUAUAGAUUUACCAACAUUUUGCCGAUUUUUUCAGCGGUUUGGACAUUGUGUUGUUUCAAACAUGCAAGACAGAGACAAGACGAACUCUACUUGUCUCGUCGGAGAUAAAUUAAUCAUUUCCAACAGUAUUUUAUCUCUCAUUCCGGCAAACUAUACAGAAAUUGUUAGUUUUUGUUUCAAAUAUCUUUAUUCUGAAUUCUCUGCUCCGCUGGAAAAUAUAACAGACCCUAAUAAUAUUUAUCAAGAUACUACACUGUCUGCAGAAAGUAUGGAAACAAACACCCAAAUAACAAACUUUUCCCAAACAGCAAUAUUUCUUGCAGUGGGAUUCGCGGUUGUACUAAUAUUUGCCGCCAGUUUUGCAAUCAUUGUGUACAAAAUAAGAAAAAUAACAAUGAGAAAAAGACGAAAAGAAUUGAUGCGCCUCCCAAGUAUUCCAAAAUCAAAGGACUCUCCGUACGAAAUGAGAUUAACCAAUCUAGAAAGUCCGUAUUCCGAUCCCGACUAUGAAAUUAUGGAGGAACAAGAUGAGCGUUACGAACAUUUGCCCGAACCAGGAGAAACUACUUUAACUCUAACAGACGAAGAUGGACCUUAUAUAGAUUCUAAUAAUGCAGACGGAACAUAUUUAGAUGUAGUGAACAGCGUAAACGGACCUAAUGAUUACGUCAACGUUUCUCCCUACAUUGAUUUAUUAGAUGAUACGAUUGAUGAUGAUCUUAAGUCAGAAGCUGUGGACAUUUUACAAUCAGAGAAUGCUGCUGCAAAAAACGUAACUGAGAAAAUAGAUGUGGACAAAAAAAAAGAGAUAAACGAAGAUUUCCCACCAUAAAUGUUUAUGAAUUCUAAAACUCAAUAAUUUUUUAGCCUGCAUACAGAAAUAUUGGAUGUGAAGAAUUUGAAUCAAAAACAGUCUACGUAUCUAUAUUUUUUUUCAUCUCAAAAGCAAAAAAAAAAAAAAAA